GCAGUUUUUCCGCCGUGUCUUCAUGUCGAAAUUUUUCCGUCGUUAAGCGUUCAUGAUGACGAAUGUUUAUUCUGCGAAAUGCCCGACAACAGAAGUUGAAACUAGGACAACACAUAGUUCCUAUUCUUCAAGUGUAAGUUCUUUCUUAAGCUCUGUUCUCAGAUACCGAUACGUCUACAGAGAUCACAGAUUAUCGAGUAUUCAAUUGUUGGAAGAAUUGUUGAAUACCCUUAGUCUGGGUCAGCUUGGAUGGAAGUACGUCGGUACUGAAAGUACAUCGGAAGGUCACAUAGAAGCACUUGGUGACAUUGAUAAUAUGUGGGUUGAUCCAGGUGUUCAAGUAGUGUUUGAAAAUCACACUGUUACGGAAAGGAAAGGACGUGAUGUGCACCUCCUUACUGCAAAGUCAUUCGACCAUCCUGGAUUUUACCGCCUUUUCAAUGAGUCUGGUGAGUUACCCAAAUACUAUAAGCAAUGUGAAGAUCAGGUUUCUGAGGGCCUUGCCUACAUUUCCAGCGAAAUGUUCAUGAUAACAAUGUUUAAAAUGUUGACGGCAGUAAUCGAUGCCGAAAGUCACAAAGGCCCAGCAAUUCAACGGCCUGCCUUGUCACAAAUUCACAUGAAAACAGACAAUGUGUUUGCUCUUUAUUGUCCAGAAUGGCCAGAUUUUGUCAGACAGGUUCGCUUUAAAAAUUCCAAAUGGCCAUGUGGAAAGGCCCUACAACAGUUAGCCAGAGCUGGUUGCCAUGUUGUUCCCAUUGGUAAACAUAACAGUUCAACCAAAUCUCUGGAAUGGAGGCUUUCAUUUUCCUCAGCAGAAAAAAUCAUUAUGCAUUCCCUGAUCAACUCCACUCAGUUGUAUACUUACAACAUGUUGAAGCUCCUCCUGUCCCAUCUCAUGAAAGAAUACAAGGUUGUUGAUGAGGUACUGUGUACAUACUAUAUCAAAACUGUCUUUUUCUUUGCCAUUGAAGAAGAGCCUGAGUGUAGUUGGAAGGAAAGUGCUUUGCUGGAUUGUAUUCAUUUGGUGAAAUCUCGGUUAUGUAAUUGUUUGAGAAACCAAUUGCUGCGAAACUUUUUUGUUCCGGAGAAUAACAUGAUUCAGCAUCUUCCAUUUCAGUCAUGCAGCGAAGUGGCAGACCUCAUUCAUAACAGAAUCUUGUCAAAAUUGGAUAUAGUACUCAUCCAUCUGGUAAAGCUUGGUACAGUGGCUUUAGAAGAACAUAAUUGUUUGGCUAAAUUGACAUCACUGCCAGAAAUGACAGAUUACAGUGAUGGUGGAAGCUCAGAAUCAAUCUCUCAAACAAUGAUUGAAGCAUUAAGAAAUCUGUCUCCUGCUAUAGAAGAACAUUUUUUAACAACAGUUGAAUCUACAUUUUGUGAAGGAAGCAUGUUAUCACGUGACCGGUACCGGAUGCAAAUUAGGAAUGACUUACAAAACUUCCUUGACCCCGUUUUUUAUAACACUUUACCAGCACAACUUUCCUUGAGGAAGCUGGAACAGGGAUUAUUGCCCUUUAUUGACCAUGUACCUACACUGUUUCCAGCCCCAACUGCAAACUGUUUUGUGCAGAUUUUGUAUAGAGCAUGUGGAAAUGUUUGCCACCAAGCAUCACAGGUGGCAGAACUUGACAGAGAAAAACAAAUGUGGCAGGACAAGGCUGAAUGUUACUACCAGAGAGGGAGAUAUGUUGUGUACAAUGAUGGAUUUGAUGAUAGGGGCUUCUCUGGCACAGUUCACUUGAUGCAGUUUUACUACCUGAAUGGAAACUUUGAUGCUUGUUUUCAACAAAUAAUUUCCAUUCAAGAAUUUUUAAACUUUGACUCCUUUGAGGAAGUCAAGGAUAUCUGUAGAUAUGGUGUUUUGACUGAAAUAUGCAAUCCUGUCCAUUUGCCUCAAUUGAUGAAAACAGACCCUAGUCUGCACAAAUAUUUCAGUUCCUUGAAAUCUGGAGAUUCAAAAUUCAUUAAUUCAAUGGCUUUUGCUUACUACAUGAGUAUCAAAGUAACUCAGAAAAGGGAACAAGGAAAAUGGCCAGAGUCACUCAUAAGAAGGUUUGAGAAUUUCUGCCAACACUUUUUGCAUCUUCAAGAUCCUUUAAGAAUUGACAAAGUAGCAAGAGAAUCAUGUGAAAAACUUAGAGACAUAUUAAAGCAGGAAACCUAAAAAGAUACAGUAAACCCCUCUGAAUUAGAGCAGGGUGUUUAAAAAUGUGAUGGAAUAGGAUGUUGUUACUGGUGCUAGAACUCAUACAAUGCUUACGUUUCAGUCUGUCGUCUUUUUUGUGUAGUUUCUAAUGUAAUGUUUGUAUACCUUCCUUUAACAAACACUCCCUUUAGUGUUAAUAAGGAGUUUGUAAUGUCCCAAGAAGUUACUGCAGUCAAAAUUCAGAAAUUACAGCAACAAUACUGCUAGUAGAAUGUACUUGUAUCCCUGUGCAGAUGUCACGUGGUGUUCAUUGUUUAACUUAAUAGACCAUUUAUUUUUACACUUCUCUGCUCAGUGACCUGGCCUUUGAAUGGCAGCAAGGCUGGAGGUGACCUUACUUUGAUACAUACAUCUCUCAUUUUUUUCAUGUGAAUGCCCCUAAUUAGCAUAAGAACAACUUGAUUUAUGCAACAAAAGCAGUGAGGUCUGUAUCAAAACAAGGUGACCUCCAGCCUUGCUGCCAUGCAAAGGUCUAUUGAUCUCUGAGUUGUCAGUUCACAUUCCUUUUUGUGUUCAAGUCAACAUUAAUCCCAUCCCAGUGAAUACUGUGAUUUAAAAGUGACUAGCAUUAAGAGAAGCCAUAGUUUAUGGCCUCAGAAAUACUCCUAGGCCAAAAUGGUUUGUUGCCACCUUUACCUGGCCCCCUAAAAUUUAAUGUUUUAUGUUCUUAACAAUGUCAAGAGAUUCCCUGACCAUUUGGCAAACUUUAAUCAGAUUGGCCACAAAAAGGCACUGAUUUUUGUUAGACUACCCUGAAAGCUUGUGCUGGCAAAAAAUUGACAAAGUUUGCUUUUAAUGAAGAAAAAUAAGAUGGUUUUUUGGCUUAUGUUUCUUUAUUUUUGUUUAUUUUGCUGUAAUUGUUUUUGGUUGUUUAUUUUAAAGAUUCUAUCCAUCUGGGUAUCUUAUUCUAAGGGCCUGGCUAAACAAGGAAACACUGUCGCAGAGGCAAUUGUUCCAGUUUAGCCACAUGGGAAACAUGCUACGGAAACAAAUUUUGCUGCUUGGAAACAAGAAAAUGAUUUUGCCUCAGGUCAAAAACAUUGUACUUCCCGGACACAAUAUUGGCUACUGACACGUUAUCAGUUUAGCCACCAUAAAAGCAAUGCAUGUUGCAAUGACAUGCAUGAGUGCAUGUGGAUCAUAAAAAUAAAUUUGUGGAUGAAUGGAGGAUCAAAGGAAAUCAGAAGGGCAUCUGUAAUAGUUAACAAGCAAGUGGCUCUUGUUAUUGUAAAGCUUAUGGACUGCCAAAAAUCCCAGCAUAGCCAAUCAAACCCAAUUGAACUGUAUUUCAAUCAAAGUCAAUCAAACUAAAUCAAACUUGAUCCAUGGAUUGAGUUCAGCGGUCAAACUAAAUCGAACUCGCACAAAAAUAAUUGGACAAUUGAACUAAACAAAACACAAUCCAGUGGAUUGUGUCCAAUUGUUCAUUGAUUAAAUUCACUUGAACAAAGAUUAUGUUAUGUGCUCUUGAAACACAAAAAACAUUUGUUAUACUGAACUCGAGUCUCGAAAAGCUUGUUAUUGAUUUUCAACACCAGUUCUACAAAAAAUCAAAAGUUCGAUGUAGUUCGAUUGUCUAAUUAUUCUUAUGAGUUUGGUUAGAUUGCUGAACUCAGUUGAACUCAAUCCAUGGACCGAGUUUUAUUUAGUUCAAUCGAGUUCAAUCGAAAUACAGUUGGAUUAGGUUUGAUUGACUAUGCCAGUAUAAUUAGAUAAGGGUUUCAAGCUUUUGGUGUCUAGCCUGUAAAACUCCACCCCUCAUACCUAAAAUAUCAGUUUUUUCAAUGUGCACAGUGUCUAGAAAUGUUGAAAUGAGAAUUUGGCACAUCAAAACAAUUUCCCCAAAUGAUGAUUUUUCCUCAUAAUUUCUUAUAUCCUCUGCUUUUUAAUGUGUUAAUCAAGGAAAAAUGGAGUGUCAUUCAUUGUUCAUUUGAUUGGUCAGUAGAACUUACUCUCAAAGUCAAUUUUCUCCGCAGUAUUCUUGGACUUGAUACAAGUUUCCUGGUUUUACAAAUGAAUACUUUUCCGUCAUCCUUGAUUGUCCAGUCUUGAACUUCUAUCCAAUCAUCCAGUUUUUCACCUGAAAAUUGUUGGCAUCAAUCACAUGUAACAGAAUCACUUAAUAGACCCUUUCCAUAAAUGAAAAUUUUCAACCCCCUUCAAAUUUUACAUGCAGUUAGGCACUCAGGGGGGGAUGUACAAAAAUGUCCUUUUUAAAGGUUGCAGCACUCUUGUUGCCAUGAUAACAACAGCUGCUGGUUCGAGGCCUGGGGCGUUAUUUUUAUACAAAAACAUCGUAAGAAAAGUGUUAUAUG